CUCAACAUGUGGAUGCGUUCUAUUGACAAACUGAAGCCCGCGAAGUUCUGACUGAAUUUAUGACAGGUCUCUAUCAAACAGUAGUCUAAAGUCAUGAAUUAUCGUUACCUGGCUGACAGGACCUUCGGAUCGUCCGCAGGGUGGAUCUCUAGACACCAGAGAGCAUCUACGACACAGAAUAUACACAACAAGUUGCAAACGGUCCCGAGAGCGCGCCGAGGCUCUCAUGCCGCCAGGUUUUCUCAGCCUCUACCCGAGGGUCUGAUGUGGUUUCCUGGGAAACGCUUCCGAUGUGGGGAGGACGACUGCGACAAGGAGUUCCCUACCAUGCGGGGACUGGCCUUUCACCUGAGGUCCCACAACAGGCCCAUGAGAUACUACAGGUGCAAGAGGUGUGGCUUCCGCAGCCAGGACAAGAUACUGGUGGAUCUUCACAGGGUAGUCUUUCACAAUCAUCCCUACCGCAGACACCGCAGCAACAGCUCUGCCGGCACAGAGUGUUCCUCCCGCUUUGGGCAUCCUCACAACAGUAACCGUUCGACCAGACAGGGGAGUGUAGGGGACACCGGAUGCAGUGAUGUUGAGUACAAUGGACAGGUUAGAAUGUACAAAUUCGAAGAUAGGAACAACAACACUGAGAAUACUUUGAACGUUAACAAGAAGGUAAACUAGAAGGUAAAAUGGAGUUAAACUUUGGUAAG